CUACUAUUCUACUGACAAUUCAUUAAAAUACUCAGUUCCUUCUCUUUUUCAUAUAUUAUGAAACAUAGCAACUGCUCGAUUUUUCAAUAAUUACUUUGAUUAUUAUUAAUCCUCUUUCUUCCACUUACUCAAUAGUAAUUUAUAACCGAUAUGUCAUUAUGUCAUUAUUGCGUAACGUAUCCUUACUUACUUACUUAGGCCUGUUACUCCUAAUGGAGCAUAGGCCGCCGAUCAGCAUUCUACAACACACUCUGUCCUGGGUAUUCUUUUCUAGUUCCAUCCAAUUCUUGUUCAUUUGUCUCAUGUCUAUCUCCAUUUCCCGGUGUAAUGUGUUCUUUGAUCUUCCUCUUUUCCUUUGGCCUUGACGAUUCCAUGUGAGGGCUUGUCUUGUGAUGCAGUUGCGUGCUUUCCUCAAUGUGUGUCCUAUCCACUUCCAGCGCUUCUUCCUGAUUUCUUCCUCCUCUGGAAUCUGGUUUGUUCUUUCCCAUAGUAGAUUGUUGUUGACAGUGUCUGGUCAACGGGUCCGAAGUAUCUUACGUGAACGACUGUUAAUAAACACUUGUGACUUCUGGAUGAUGACUUUUGUAGUUCUCCAAGUUUCUGCCCCAUACAGUAGAAAUGUCUUGACAUUUGUAUUGAAAAUUCUGACCUUGGUGUUGUUUGACAGUCAACUAUUUUGAUUUCUAUAUGUUCUUCAGUUGUAAAUAUGCUGCUCUUGUUUUACUGAUCCGCGCCUUCACAUCUGUAUCAGAUCCACCUUGUUCAUCAAUGAUGCUGCCUAUAUAUGUAAAUGUUUUUACAUUUUCCAAAUCUUCUCCGUCAAUUGUGACUGGAUUGGUGCGUGCUGUGUUGUAUCGGAGAAUCUUGCUUUUCCCUUUGUGUGAUAAUUUAGACCUACUUCUGUUGAGGCUGCUGCUACACUGGUCGUUUUCUCUUGCAUUUGUUGUUGUGAUUGCGAUAAGAGGGCCAGAUCGUCUGCGAAGUCCGCCUGGAGUCCCUCCGGGGGCUACUGCCGGUCCUAAGCCUGGAUAAAGGAGGAGGGUUGGGCAUGGGGUUAGCGACCCCAUCCCGUAGGAAACUAACUCGCUAAAAAAACGCGUAACGUAUCCAGUCGAUGAGUACUAUUUUAUUAUUGUAUAUAUAUAUAGAUGUAGAAUCAUAAUAACUAAUAAUGAUCAUUGAUAAAUUUAACCUAGAAAAUAUCUGGUACCUUAAUCACCUUAAAAUCUGUUGCCAUCAUCAACACUAUCAACCUUUUCUUGUAAUUAAACGACAGUUAUUAUUAUUUCAUCAAUAAUUCAUUCAUUAAUUUCACUACUUUAAAUCGACUAUCAUUUCAGAAGGGAUUUUUUUCUAAAUGUGGAUAUUAUAGUGGAUAUUAAUAGUUGAAAUCAUGAGCCAGUUAAGGAAUGGAGAAGAUUUAUUAGUUCAGGUGGAUAAUUUUGAUAAAGUUUGUACUACUGAUGAUAUCGUUUAGAAGAAUGAUGAAAACUUCACAACCAAACCAUCCAAAUCAGAGAAAAAAACUCUAUCAAAAUCAAUUAAAGAGUCCUAAAAUAGAACAAAAUAUCUAUCCAAUACUUCCAGGUAUUCCAUGAUGAUCUAACUUCAAUUAACUCAUGAUCUCAAUUACCGUUUGUUUAGAUUAUAGCAACUCAUGUGCAAUUGAGUUUGUUCUCAUUUAACUCAAGACCUUUUGUUAACUUAUUUAGAGGACAAAGUCAUUCGUACUAUAACAACUUAUUGUGCCUUUAUUAUUGUUGUGCUUGUAUGAAAUAUGUAUGCUUGAACAUUGUUUACCGCCUACGCAUAUGUUCAUUGUGCUAGCUUUAUUAUUAACGGCUUAAUCGAUUCGAUGAUCCAUUCAUUUCCCUAUAUAUAUACAUGUGCAUUUACACUCUACACCCUCUGCACCCUCGGUUCGCUGACUCAUUCAUUUGCCUCUCUGCUGUGAUCUGAGUUAUCUGCUAAUAAAACUGUAGUCGCUGUUUCUCUUUACCUUCUGAUUUCAAACACCGUUGAGGAUUAUAUGAUAACGUUUACGAGGGUAAUUGGUCAACGAUGCACAGUCACUACAAGAUUAUAUCAAAAUAUAUACGCAUCAUUUGAUGAAUUCAGUAUCAAUGGUAUGGAUAAUCAAAAGAAUUUUAUUAAAAAUCAAUCAUCUUCAUAUAAAACUUCUAGUAAAUUAUGUGGUUGUUUCACAAGAAGAUAAUAAAGUGAGAUAUUUAUUUGGAAGAAAGCAUUUAUUAUAACAAAUGAACAUACUACUUACUUGCUUACUUACUUACCUACCUACCUACUUACUUACUUACUUACUUACUUACUUACUUACUUACUUACCUGCUUACCUACCUACCUACCUACUUACCUAUCUAGCUACCUAGUUACCUACCUACUUACUUAUCUGCUUACCUACCUACUUACCUACUAACUUACCUACUUACCUACCUCCUACUUGUUUACUUGCUUACUUACUUACUUACUUAUGCCUGUUACUCCCAAUGGAGCAUAGGCCACCGGCCAACAUUUUCCAACUCGGUAAAAAAAGCGUAAACUAGAAAAAGUAAUUCAAAUGCACAUAUAAAAUCUAUAUAUUGAUUGUUGAAUUACUGGAAUUGGGAUUUCUUUUCUUCAGUUGAACAUGUAAUGCAUAUACAUAAUUAACGAUUACUGUUAUUAUUAUUAUUAUUAUUAUUAUUGUCAUUGAGGUUAAUCAAUUGAAUAAUUCAUUGUUAUUUGAUUAAUUUAAUAGUUGAAUUCAUGAGUCCAUUGAAGCUGGACCACCAUGGAAAACCUCAAAGUACUGGACGGCCGUUUCGUUCUAGUAUGAGACUCUUCAGCAGUGCACAUUCACAAUCCUGGGUUCGAAUCUCGUGAGGCGGUAUCGUGAGUGAGCACUGAUGAAGAGUCCCAUAGUAGAACGAAACGGCUAUCCAGUACUUUGAGGUUUUCCAUGAUUGUCUAGCUUCAAUGGAAUCACGAAUUCAACUAUUAUCUUACUAUAAUAUCCAGAAAAAUCCAUUUUUGAUUUGAUUACUUGGUUGAGAAAUGACUGUGAUCAUUUUUAAUGAUGUUUAAAAAAUAAUUAAGAUAUUUUGGAAAGUUUAAGUAAUAAGAUAGUAAAUAAUAGAGAAAAUCUGUAGAUUAACUAUAUAUAUCUUCAUUAGCAUUGUGUUACUAAAGGUGAAUAAUUAACUUACUAGGCUUCAGUGUAGAUGCUAUUGAGCUGACUUCAAACAAUCAACAAUUUGAGAUUUCAAAAAGAGAGCAAGAACGAAGAUUGGUACAGUUUGUUUAUGUAUUUUUGGUAAACGAGAUCCACGAAGUUGUAGAUUAUUGUAAGUGGAAUCAUCGAUCAUAAUCUUCUUCAGGAGAUCCCUGAAUAUUUUUGUGAUUCUUUUUUCAGUUGAAUCAGUUAAGUGAUUGUUAAUUUUAUCAAACUUGAAUUUCAUGUGGUCACAUAAAAUGGACUUCAUCUUAGAGACAUAAUCUAUUUUGUUCAUUAGAACAAUAGUUGAACCUUUAUCUGACCAUAAUAUCAUUAUAUUAUCAUUUCGCUUAAUAUUCCGUAAUGCUGUUAGGUGGUCUUUGGAUAAAAGUUUAGACUGUUGUAUGGGUGAAACGAGAUAUUGGUUUGUGAUAUCAACUAAUUUAGACUUAAACCAGCCUCUCUUCUCUUCACUAACUUCAAUUUGAGUUUCCGUGUCGAUUUUGUCGGAAUGUAUUUUAGGGAUAUGGAAUUUAAAUCCAAGCGGU